AUGGUCUCCGCCAAUUGCCUCGAGUCGAGCAGUGGUGGCAGCGCACCUUCACCCGAAAGCUUUGAUGUCCUUGAGUGGGUCGGCUCCUCAGCAGCGGACCACUUCCGAUCAAACCUGACGGAGAAAUCCUACAAGGGGGCCGCUCUAAUCAGUUCGCGUCAUGAACGCCUCUUCCAUGCUGAUGAUGCUGAUCAGGCGGAGCUGGAGGAGGAGAUGACUGCAUCACUGGACGCUGCACUGCAGCAAAUACAGCACUAUACCAACCAGCUUGCUAAAGAAACCAACAGGCAUCUUAAAGAGUUGGGCUCAAUCCCUUUGGCAUCAUCACCCUCAGAACAAAGGCAACAGAGGAUCCAAAGGGACCGGCUUAUGAAUGACUUUUCCGCAGCGCUCAACAACUUCCAAGCUGUCCAGCGACGUGCAGCAGAAAAAGAGAGGGAAUCAAUAGCAAGAGCAAGGGCUGGUUCCUGCCUAUCAAAUGAAGACAGUUUUCGGGAUGAAAAGCUUGUCUCCUUUGAUAACCAAGAGGACCUUGGUCCAAUAGCCACCCAGACAGAAGAAAUGGCCAUUACAGAGGAAGAUCUGGAGCUCAUCAAGGAGAGAGAAACCAAUAUCAGACAGCUUGAGUCUGAUAUCAUGGACGUAAACCAGAUCUUUAAGGACUUGGCAGUUAUGAUUCAUGACCACGGAGAGAUGAUUGACAGUAUUGAAGCUAAUGUGGAAAAUGCUGAAGUUCACGUAGAACGAGGAGCGGAACAGCUCCAGAGAGCCGCAUACUACCAGUUCCACGUUAAAGUUUGAUGCAGCUCUGCUUUCCUGAAUGGACCAUCUUCAUCUCCACUGCAGCAAACAGGCAGCUCUGUUUUAUAGAUUACAGUGUCACUUUGACCCGCGGAGGCUCUGUGUUAGUAAGGAGGAAGUGAGGCGACAAUAUGUCUUUGAGGUGUUUUUAUUCAGGAGCUCCAAGUUACACCAACACCCUCUCUUUUUUAGUGAAACAAAGCAGCUUACAUUUACACCUGAGGCAAGUUCCACUUACACCAGGUGAAGGGGUGAUCAAACAACAAACACUUCUUUUCAUGGCGGUUGGCAGAACACUGAGAACGCUGACGCUAUUGCGUCCUCUACUGCGCAUGCGGGACACUUUCAGGUCAUUU